AUGGCUUUAUUUUUCACUUCCUGCACUGAUGUGAACGAGUUACUAUCUGAAAUUAGAGCUGCUGAGCCUCUCUUCACCUAUACCUGUGUUGAGCAGGUGAAAAUUCUGAUCCAGAAACUACAGGACAAAAUCAGCCAAAAGGAGGACCGCAAGUUCUACCUUUUCAAGGCACUCCAGGCUCACAGCUUGCCCCUGACAAAUGUAGCUUUCAAUAAAUCAGGAUCGAGUUUUAUAACUGGAAGCUAUGACAGGUCAUGUAAAAUAUGGGACACAGCAUCCGGAGAAGAGCUGCACACUUUGGAGGGUCACAGGAACGUUGUGUAUGCCAUCGCCUUCAACAACCCUUACGGGGCCACUUCACUGAGAUUAUUUCUCUCUCUUUUAACACAACGGGCAACCGGUUGGUCACGGGUUCAUUUGACCACACUGCCAUUCUGUGGGACGUUCCUUCAGGCAGGUCCUCGUGGUGGCAUAGUGACUCACCUCAAUCCGGGUGGCGGAGGACAAAUCUGAGUUGCCUCUGCAUUUGAGACCGUCAAUCUGUGCAUCUUAUCACGUGGCUUGUUGAGUGCAUUACCACAGAGACAUAGCGUGCGUGGAGGCUUCACACUAUUCUCCACGGCAUCCAUGCACAACUCACCACGCACCCCAUCGAGAGCGAGAACCACAUUAUAGCGACCAUGAGGAGGUUACCCCAUGUGACUCUACCCUCCCUAGCAACCGGGCCAAUUUGGUUGCUUAGGAGACCUGGCUGGAAUCACUCAGCACUCCCUGGAUUUGAACUAUCGACUCCAGGGGCCCCAUCUAAUGGCAUUUUGUUGUACAGCAAGAGUGUACAGUGCAGAGACAUUCCAAUGUUUGUUUAAAUUAGAGGGCCAUAAAGGGAAAUAUCAAAGAGAGUUACACAUAUGUCCAUUACAUUCGCAGACAGUGAUGUGUGUUAAUCCUCAGAGGAGUCGCAUUUUGACAGCAAGCGUGGAUAAGGCUGCGCGUGUUUGAUGUGUGAGCAACGGAGUGUGUUUGCAGGUGCUGGAGGGACAUUCUGAUGAGAUACUGUGCGUUCAACUACGAGGGUGACACCAUCAUUACAGGCAAUUACACACACCUGCGUAUCACUACAUACUUACAAACACUGCUGCUGUGUCACAUUUCAUUCCCUAGUUCCCUAUGUGGUGAAUCAGUAUAUCGUGAACACAAAUUCCGGCACUAACACUGGGACACUCAAAAACAUUUGGCACUAACAAAACAUUUUGGCUGGUAUUUAGCAACAAUAUCAUAAUUUAUGUAUAUAUUUGUUGUAGAUGUUAAAAUGUACAGUGCUAUAUUGAGAAGGAACAUACUGUAUAUAUAUGUAAAAAUAAAUAAAAAUUAGGGCCGCCAAUUACAAUCAGUUGAUUACUUAAAGGGAGAGUUCACCCAAAAGUGAAAAUUCUCUUAUUAU